CGGCGGUGCGCACUAAAGACGAGCAUCACCCCCACACGUCACUUGUUCUGUGGCGGGCGGGCGGCGCCGACGUCACCGAAAGGAGGCCGCCGUUGACAAUUGGGCCUUUUUAUCGGAGCGGCGCAUUAGCGUGCGACAUGCCGCCGCGGCCGGAGCUGCUCCUCGUCUUCGGCCUCCUCACCGCUGCCGCCGCCGCAGCGUCCACGACCAGGGACAACUUCCUCAACCUUGAAGGUGAACUCGUCAUCGGCGCCUUUUUUCCCAUUCAUCGAAAGGGGCCUGAUGGCGAACGGUGCGGAGCUCUGCAGAUGGAAGAUGGGCUGCAGCCACUGGAGGCCAUGCUGUUCACCGUGCAGCAGGUCAACGACGACCCCGACUUGUUGCCGGGGGUGCGACUCGGCGUGGCCGCCUUCGACUCGUGCGACAACCCGGCCUACGCCAUGGAACAGGCCCUGCACUUUGUCAAAGGAUUCAUCGCGCACAACAAUGCGCACCACUCUGAGGAGCCCGAGUACCGGUGCUCGGAUGGCAAAGCGCCCGAGUACUACGAUUCCAACUUGGAGCGCAUCGUGGCCGUGAUCGGCGGCCAGAGCAGCUCCGUGUCCAUCCAGGUGGCGACCCUGUUGAAGCUGUUCGGGGUGCCGCAGAUCAGCUACCUGUCCACGUCACCGGCUCUCAGCAACAAAGAAAAGUUCCCCUACUUCUUCCGCACGGUGCCCAGUGAUGUGAACCAGGCGCACGCCAUGCUCGAGAUUCUCAGACACUUUAAGUGGCAGAGGGCGGCAGUGAUUUAUUCAAACACGGAGUACGGGAAGCACGGAUACGAGAUGCUGAUGUCGCUGGCUGCAAACUACAGCGUGUGUUUUUCGGUGGAGCGGCGCAUUGAGCGCGAGAGCGCCCACGACACCGACAUCGAGGAGGCCAUGCUGGACAUCCUGAAGCGCAAACAUCUGCGCGUGGUGGUUGUGUUCGCCGAAAAGGCUUCGGCGCACCGCCUGCUGCGCUACGCCAAAGCCAACAAGCAGGCCAGCGAGCUCGUCUGGAUCAGCUCCGACUCGUGGCGCCGACUUGACGACUCCGGAGCCAACCCUGUGAAAAAUGCAGUGGCCGUGCAACCUUUGGCGCGAGAGUUGCGCGGUUUCGACGAGUACAUCGAGAGUCUGCGUCCGAGCAAUCACAGCCAGGUGAACCCUUGGUUCAACGCCACCUGGGAGGAAUUGUUUAAGUGCAACGCCUCCACUUGCGACCCGAACCCUGAAAAAGGUUUGACGCACCUGGUCAACUAUCGCCAGCAGAAUUAUCUGCACUUCAUAAGGGACGCGGUUUACGCCGUCGCCCACGCUCUGCACAAACUGCAUCAGGAGCUGUGCGAAGGUAAGCCGGGAAUCUGCCCUGAAAUGACACACCUCAACGAGGAAGGGUUCUUGAACGCUCUGAAAAACAUCACCUUCAUGGAUGAAGGUGGUCAACCCUUUCGAUUUAUGGAUGGCAGAGAUGGACCUCCAAGGUACUCCAUCCUGAGUUACGCCUACGAAGGUCCGACCAACCACAUGUGGAAGGUGGUUGGUAAUUUUUCUUUGACCUCAGAGGGAGGUCCUCAGCUGCACCUGGACGAGUCGGCAGUUCCGUUUUUGGCAUUGGGAGACAAACACAGCUGCAGUCCUCAGUGUGGAGAACACCAGAUUCUAGUCAAAGAUUCCAAUGAUGUCUGUUGCUGGACCUGCAGUCGCUGCAGCCGCUACCAAAUCCAGUUGGGCCCUUCAUUGUGCCAAGACUGUGAUAUGGGGACCAUGCCUGACCCUUUGUUGAGCAAGUGUGUGCCCAUUCCAUUGUCCGUGUUGGACCCUUACAGCGCCAGCUCACUUACAGCCAUGGUCAUUGCGUCCUUUGGACUCAUUAUGACUGCCUUUGUUGGGUGCGUUUUCUUUAGGUUUGGACACACUCCUGUGAUAAAAGCGUCUGGUCGGGAACUGAGUUGGCUGCUGCUGGCCGGCAUUGCCGCUUCCUUUCUCCUGACCUUCCUGGCCGCCUUUGCGCACCCGGCGCCAUUUCCGUGCGGCGCCUUCCGAUUUCUGCUUGGCUUUUGCCACACUCUCUGUUACGCCGCCAUUCUGGCCAAGACAAGCAGGGUGGCGCGCAUUUUUGGCCAAAAAGCGAACCACAAGGCAAGGUUCACCAGUCCAGAGGCACAGUUGGUGCUCGUGGCCGCCAUGACCUCCGUCGAAGCUGUCAUCCUCUUCAUCUGGCUUCUCCUGGCGCCCCCAACUGCCGUCCAUGUGCACCCUAACAAGGGAUCAAGAUUAUUGGUUUGUGCCGGCUUAGACUCGGAUCACGCCUAUUUGGUGGCGCUGGCGUACCCUUUGACCCUGGUGGCCGCCUCAACUGUGUACGCCAUCAAAACGAGAAAAGCCCCCGGCGGGUUCAACGAGGCGAGGGCCGUGGCCUUCACCAACUACACGACGGCCCUACUGUGGCUGGCCUUUGUUCCUCUCUACGUGGUCAGCUCGAGUCACUCCGUCAGGGCGUUGACCCUGUCCAUCUCUCUGUCCCUGAGCGCCCUGGUGCAGCUGGCGUGUCUGUUCGCGCCCAAGGUGUACACGGUGCUGUGGCGGCCGCAGAAAAACACCAAGGAGGGUGUCAUGACGCACCACCGCAGCUCCAGUCUGGCGCCCACACCAUCCCCUGCACCCCUCCACGCACCAUCAGCUCCCUCAGAGGGAAGCGUUGAACUGAGAUUAGGAGCAGAUCAGUCUAAACAAAAAUGGAGAUGUUCGACCAAAGAAAUGGUGCUCAGUCCAUCCAGCCUGCAAGUGAACAAGUUCUAGUCACAUGAUUUUGAAAUACAAAAAUACAGACAUACUCAAGCGAUAUCUCUUUGUUGUGCAUAGAAAUGUGUGACGCUUAAAAUGAAUCUCAUACAAGUUGUUAUAUUUACAUUGUAAGUUAAAUUAGAUAAUUAUGUAAUAAAAAUUUUGUGCUGAUUCAGAAAUAAAUGAUAAUUUUGAUCAAAAAUCGUCUACUUUCUUCA